UGUUCUUCUGUGUUGGUUCCCUCGGUCUCUCUGCCCCGCUGCAUGCCUUUUGAUCAUUCAUGUUUCCUCUAAAUGCAUGUUAUCUUUAAUUAAUUGAGUGCCUUGUGGAAAGCAAGGUGGGGGAGACAGACAGAGAACAGCUACAGCUACACAAUUAAUGUGCAAACCAAGUCUGCUGAGUUUACUGAAAGUAAGUGCUGAAGUGACUUAUAAGCUUUAAAUGAUUCAUGUUUUGCUCUGAGAACAAACCUGGGAGCUGAGAUGGAAGACAUGGAUUUUGAGGAUAAGAAGUCCAAGAAGUACUGCAUCAAGACAAAGCAUGUGGCUAUCAUCUGUGGCGUUGUUGCUGUUGUAGGUCUUGCUGUGGGUCUUGGUGUGGGAUUGAGCAAAACCCAGCAAUCUCCAGAGUAUACAGACCAACCAGAUCAGCCAGCAACUUCUCCUCCCACUGUGGAUGUAGGUCCCUGUCCUGCUAAAAAUGAUGAUUCUGGAGACUGGAGAAAUUUCAGGUUACCAACCUAUGUGAAGCCUAUCCACUAUGACCUGGAAGUGAAGCCUGAGAUGGAGGCAGACAUUUACACUGGGACAGUCAAUAUUUCUAUUGCUUUGGAACAAUCUACCGGCCACCUGUGGCUCCACCUGAGAGAGACUAAGAUUACAGAGAUGCCUACACUCAGGAAAUCCUCAGGACAGCAAAUUGCUCUGACUGACUGUUUUGAGUAUGAGGCACAAGAGUACAUAGUGAUGAAGGCAGAAGUGGAACUUACUGUCACCGAUGAAAGCGAUCCCUAUAUACUCACCCUGAAGUUUCAAGGCUGGCUGAAUGGUUCCCUGGUUGGCUUUUAUAGGACCACCUACACUGAGAACGGAGAGACUAAGAGCAUUGCAGCUACUGAUCACGAGCCAACAGAUGCACGGAAAUCAUUUCCUUGCUUUGACGAGCCCAACAAAAAAGCAACUUACAAUAUAUCUAUCAUCCAUCAAGACACAUAUGGAGCACUUUCAAACAUGCCAGUACAGGAAACUGUAUCACUGGGUAAUGGCUGGAAUCGGACAACUUUUCAGAAGUCAGUUCCCAUGAGCACUUACUUGGUAUGCUUUGCAGUGCACCAGUUUGAGUGGGUAGAGAGAAGAUCUAAUAGCGGAAUACCUCUGAGAGUUUACGCCCAGCCACAGCAAUUACACACGGCAGAAUAUGCAGCAGAUGUAACAAAAACUGUGUUUGACUUCUUUGAAAAGUACUUUAAUUUGAGCUACUCUCUUCCAAAACUAGACAAAAUAGCUAUUCCAGAUUUUGGAACAGGUGCUAUGGAGAACUGGGGACUGAUCACAUACAGAGAAACAAACUUACUUUAUGAUCCCAAUGAGUCUGCCAGUUCCAAUAAACAAAGAGUGGCAGCUGUGGUAACCCAUGAGCUCGUUCAUCAGUGGUUUGGAAAUAUUGUGACUAUGGACUGGUGGGAUGACUUGUGGUUAAAUGAGGGAUUUGCCAGCUACUUUGAGUUCCUGGGAGUAAGCGUUGCAGAACCAGAAUGGCAAAUGCUUGAACAGGUUUUAAUUGAUGAUGUUCUUCCUGUAAUGAAAGAUGACUCUUUGCUUUCUUCCCACCCAAUUGUGGUUGACGUAUCAACCCCAGCUGAAAUCACCUCUGUGUUUGAUGGGAUAUCCUACAGUAAGGGUGCAUCAAUUCUCAGGAUGCUUCAAGACUGGAUUACACCAGAACUCUUCCAGAAAGGGUGUCAGGCAUAUUUGAAGAACCACCAUUUCCAGAAUGCCAAGACACAACAUUUCUGGGAAGCUCUGGAAAUGGCAAGUAAUAAACCUGUGAGUGAAGUCAUGGACACAUGGACAAGGCAGAUGGGCUACCCUGUUUUAGAGAUGGGAAGUAAUUCAGUACUCACACAGAAACGUUUUCUCUUGGAUCCCAAUGCAGAUGCUUCAUAUCCUCCUUCUGAUUUCGGUUACAAAUGGAAUAUACCAGUGAAAUGGAGACUGGGGAAUUCAACAAAUUACACAGUCUACAACACCUCUGAUUCCGCAGGAAUUACAAUACCAUCAUCUGCUAGUACCUUUCUGAACAUUAAUCCAGACCACAUUGGAUUCUAUCGUGUCAAUUAUGAUAGUCAAAGUUGGGACACAUUAGCGGGUCUUCUGGUCAACAACCACGAAACUUUUUCCACUGCUGACCGUGCAGGGAUUUUGGAUGAUGCCUUUUCCUUAGCAAGGGCAGGACUUGUGGAUUAUUCUGUUCCCCUGAACCUCACAAAAUACCUAAUAAAUGAAACAGAUUAUUUGCCUUGGCACAGAGCUAUAUCAGCUGUGACUUACAUCGCAGACAUGCUUGAAGACGAUACAGAUCUCUACCCCCAGUUACAGGAAUAUUUUCGCUAUCUGGUAAAACCCAUUGUGAAUAAACUGAACUGGAAUGAUUCUGGAAGCCAUUUGGACAGGCUUCUUCGUGCAUCUGUUCUAGACUUUGCAUGCAGUAUGAAUGAUGCAGAAUCUCUUGAUGGUGCUUCUCAACAAUUUGAGCAAUGGCUACAAGGACAAACCAUUGCUGUAAAUCUCAGACUCCUGGUAUAUCGCUAUGGGAUGCAGAAUUCAGGCAAUGAGUCAUCAUGGAAUUACAUGUUCAAGACAUACCAGGAAACUUCGUUAGCACAAGAAAAAGAAAAACUCCUGUAUGGCCUGGCAUCAGUGACUAACAUCACCCUUUUGGACAGGUAUCUGAAAUACGUCUACAACUCCAGCCUCAUCAAAAGCCAAGAUGUGUUCACAGUUGUGAGAUACAUUUCCUAUAACACCUAUGGAAAAACAAUGGCCUGGGACUGGAUUCGUCUUAACUGGGAAUACUUAGUUGACAGAUUCACUAUCAAUGAUAGAACCCUUGGUCGCAUAGUAACUAUCAGCCAAAACUUCAACACAGACCUCCAGCUUUGGCAGAUGGAAAAUUUCUUUGAGAAAUAUCCUAAUGCUGGGGCAGGAGAAUCACCCAGGAGUCAGUCAAUUGAGCAGGUGAAGAACAAUAUUCAGUGGCUGAAAGAAAACAAGGAGGAGAUACGAGUGUGGCUAGAGGCAUGGACAAGUCCUUGAAGUCUUUGUUAAAAACAUCAGGCACUCAUUCUGGGCACGCAGAUCCUCAGAUAUUUAGCAAUGUGGAUUUCUCAAGUAGGCAACUUAGAGGACCAAAGUCUAAUAUUUUUUCUACAGACACUCAGGAGACUAGGCCAGAGCAAUGUUUGUGUAGCUGCUUAUCCUGGAUCCUGCCAGUGCUUAUGAACAUGCUUUAUAUUUUGAGAUAUUAAUUUCCCUGAACAAAUAUUUGAAGUUAUUCAGAGCAGAAGUGAUGGCAGAAUUGGGGUCCUUGCUGAUCAAGUUAGUGUCAGAUCUUCCAUGAACCACUCUGAAAAUCUACUUCUUGGUUCAUACAGAAGUAUACUCACUACACUCAGGGAUUCCUUCCCAAGUGCACCUUGUGGGACCUUUGGGUAUUAAGCAGCAAUAUUAACUUUGUCUGAAAAUCAUCCCCUAUAUUUAUAUCCAUAAAAAUUUUACAUUUGGAAUUUAGCUCUGCGUUCUUAUACUACAGAAGGGUCAGUUAAGCUUCCUUCUGCACUGAUUUUGGAAGUUUAACUACAGGUACACAAGUGAUCAAUAUUAUCGGCUUCUUUUUCAAUGUUAUCAGUUGAGAUUCUGUAGCUUAGGGAAGCAGAUGUCUCAGUUAUUUUUGUCUUAUUUCUAAGUCUCAUCAAAAGAAGAACUUACUGCAGCCAUUACUGCAAAUAAGACAGAUGGUACUUUGUC